AUGGAUGAAAGGAAAACUCGUAAAAAAAAUGUAAUUGUAGAGAAGAUUAAGCAAACUAAGGAGGAAAGAAUUUUAAAAAAAUUCGAAGAAGCUAAAUUAAAAUGGGACAAGCAAAGCCAAAUAAUAAAAGAAAAAACGAAAAAGAAGGAAACCUUAGCAGAUCAAGGAGACAAAUACCGUGAAAAAAACGAGUUGAAUACCUUAAUUGACUAUAUAAAUAAAGAGGAAAAAAAAAAAGUAAACUGGACCGAGAACUUGAGAGAUGGGUGUGAGAAAAUAAAAUUUAAGGAAACAGUGAAAAAGAUAGACCUAACUAGUAAAGCAAGCGAAUGGAAUAAGAACCUGUUCGACAAAGUAUUUAAAAAAGGUGAGGAAAAUGACGAGCAAAUUGAUGGGAACAAUAACGAGAAGGGACAAUUGUGGAAAGAGUACCGUUAUGUUAAAAACAAGGACUUGAAGAAAGAAGAAUACGAAGCUGUCAUUGUUGAAAAGAUUAAAAAGAACAUUGACUUUGUUCUGUCAAACUUUGCUGUUCCGCUAACUCAUGAUUUAUACGUCCAAGGUGAAAAAGUACAACUGCCUGUUGAAGAGAAAGACGACAAAAAUGGGUUAGCAGAUGGUGAAAGAAAAGAAGAACACAUAAAAAAAGUAAACGUUGAUGGUAGCCCAGCUACAUCCAGUACUGAUAUCAUUGCAGCUAUCGGUGGUGAUAUCGGUGCUUGUUCUAUUACAGUUACUGAUACUUCAAACCCCAGGAAUGAGCUCAAAAAAGAGGAAUAUCUUAAAACGAAUUGUGAGUGUAUAAACAUUAGCAAUUGUGGAAGAGAAGUUAUUAGCAAAUCUGUCACGCUGAGUAACUACUCUUCGAGUAUAAUUAUUUUCAGGAUAUCUGUUAAAAAAAAAUUAAAAGUAUCAUCAAAAUUAAAGAAGAAUGAAGAGAUAAUAAAAAUGAAAGAUGCAAUAUAUUAUGACCAAGUGAAGAAUUACAAUGUCUUUGUUUCUCCCAAUACUGGGUAUAUUAAACCUAGGGGAAAGAAAAAAAUAAAUUUUACUUUUAUAUUCAGCUAUUUUGUAAAUGCCUUUGGAUGCGUUACAAUCAAAUAUUUGUGCUACAAUAAGAUUUUUAAAAAGAGAAUCCACUUGCAUGUGGAUUCAUUCCACAAAGCGUGUGCACUAAAGGAGGUAGCAGAACUGGAGGAAGUUGGGGAUGGGAAAGAAGUGGACAAAGCAAAUGUAGAAAAGGGAAGAGAACAAAAUAAGGCAUGUUCCCCACGUCAAGUAGAUGCAGUCAACGGACUUCCCCAUAUAGAUAUGUCAGUAUUAUGUAAAAUUUUAAAUUUCUUAAAUUUUAAUUAUCAUAUAAAUCUAAAUGAGCAUAAUAUCACUCCAUUUUGCGCAAUGAUGGAAAAAGCGAAAGGCGCAUUUUAUUUGAAGUUGAAUCAUUUUCAGGGGGAUUUGUCUCGUCUACUAGAAGAAGAGAGAUACUUAGAGUGGGGAAAUACCAAUGAGAAGGUAGAAGUAAUUAACAUUGACAACAUGAAUGGAAAUGGUGUCCACGAUAUAGAAAGAAAUACAAAUAUAUGUGUAGACAAUUACGAGAAAUGGAACAAUAUUCCUUCUAGGGAGAUAACAUAUUCCAUUAAUAGAAAAAACAAUCUGUUUAAAAGGAAUAUACAAAUGCUUUUUAGUACUAAGGAUAAGCAUAACCCCAGAACGGAUAAAAUUUUAAAAACAUGCAUGAAGAACUUCUUUAACUACAUGAAAAGAAAAUUUAUAUCAUCCUUUAACAACUAUUAUUCUUAUGAUUACGAGUAUAAUUUUUUUAAAACACACGUUCAGUGGAUGAACUUGAGUACAUCCAUCUUAUCUAGUCUUCAAUUAAAUGACCUUAUACAUAAUGUACAUGCAAUUAUGCACAACGAAAAGGGGCAUACUAUUGACAUAGAUAAAAGAGUAGAUCCGUCCUCCACACGUGAACAAUGCCUCAAUGCAUUCUUUAACAUACGUGAAAGAUUUAGUUUUAAAAAGGAAAAUUUACUCAUUUUAUUUGCUUCAAUUGUACGCGGCUAUGUUAUCGAUUUAAUAGAGGUAUAUCUGAGUGUUAGAAGUGAUAGAAAUAGUGGUAAAUGUAUUAGCAGAGGAAAGGGGAGAGACCGCGAGAGAGAUAGCGAUAAAAAAGAUAAUACGAUGAAAACCGUUAACAAAAGCACGACUAUUCUUCAAAAUGAGUUAAAUGUGUACCACACACAGUCAUCUCACUGCGUAAAAGAAGCAGGUAAGGUACUAAAAAGAAAAAAAAAGAAGCACACGACAGGAGCACAAGGGAAUGAAGAGGAAGACGGGGAGGCCGAGGAGAAGGGAGAAGAGGAAGCAGACGAGGAUGUAGACGAGGAAGUAGACGAGGACGUAGACGAGGACGUAGACGAGGAAGUAGACGAGGAAGCAGAGAAGGAAAAAGACAUUGGUACAGGCGAAGUGAAGAAAGAUAAAUUUUCCGAAUAUUUAAAUAAUUUGAAAAACGCUUUUUAUAAAAACUUUUUACAUACAUAUCCACAUACGAUUAGAAAAAAUUAUUUUACAAUUCUAACCAAUUUUAUAUAUUUGCAAAACAAACUAAAUAGUUCAAAGUCUUUUUAUUUUUUCUCGUAUCUUCAAUUCAUUAAUUUUGCUAAGCAUUUGCUCUUAAAAAAAAAAGUACAGUUCAACAUGUGUUCUUCGGAAGAGAGCGUUUUCGUUCAAAUGAACAGCCGCUUGUUCAGCUACGUUGUUGCAUAUAUACGCUCAUUAUAUGAGCAAAGUGUGUGUAGUACUGGCAUUGCUGACGAUAUUGGCGGUAUUGGCGGUAUUGGCGGCACUAGUAGUACUAGCAGCAUAAAUAUUGACUCUAAUUAUUUUGGUAAUACCAAUUUUAGGAGUAAGAAAAUCAAUGAGAUCAAGCAAUUAAUUGGCAAGCUAUUUGCAAGUAUCUGCAUAUGCGCAAAGAACAACGUGAAAAACAUUUAUAUUUUUUUUGAUCAUCCGUAUAAUAAAAUGGAUGAAAAUUGCGACAUGGAAAAAUACAUAUUUGAAAAAAAUUUUAUUCAAAAUAUUUUUAAUUUUUUCUUGUUUCCUUACUUAAGGUCGUUUAUUACUCAUUGCUCCAGUUUAUUCUAUCAACUUAAUCUCUUGAAUGAUGAAAAGAAAAUUCUUCUUUUUUGUAGUCAUAUUUUUAGUACAAUAAAGAUUAAGGAAACGGAGAGUCAACGUGAAAACAUUGCCUAUGUAGGAGGAGAGUAUAUUGAGGUUAGUAACAAUCCAAAUGAGGAAAGUCACUUACCAGUUGACGAUAACCGCUUACCAGUUGACGAUAACCGCUUACCAGUUGACUAUAACCGCUUACCAGAAGAGGGUAACCGCUUCUCCUGUCCUAUUACCUUUCCCGCAGAAGAAAUUGCUGAUCUUGUUAAGGACCAAAUGGAUAAGGAGAUAAUACAUGAUAGUGAAUCAGGUAAUAAUGUGUCUGCUUUUUUUCAAAAUUUUAAAAUUGAUGAUGAAUACGCAAGGGCCGUUUAUAAACGAACAAGCGAAGUGGAUAAGAGAAGUUCACUAGAGGGGAAAAACUGCAAACAGGAAGAAGUGGCAGAAGCAGCAGUAGCAGUUCAAGGAGGAGUAGAAAGAGGGGAGGGGAACAUCUAUUUCAUUUCAGACAAGGAAAUGUUUUCACAGCUAGUGUAUGAGCAACAUACCGAAUGGUUAAAGAAAAAUGCCGAAGAGUGCAUGAAAUAUUUGGAACAGAUGCAUAAGAGGGAAGUCAGGACUAAUGAGGAAGGACUUGAAGGAGUGGAGGAGGUAGUGAUAACGGAAUAUCACAAGGGGUUGGUACAAGAGGAGGAAGAGAAGAAGAAGAAGAAGAAGAAGAGGGAAAAGAUAAUGAAAAGGGAGCAAAAAAAGCAGACACAGGAGAGCGAAACGAAGCAGUCACAGCAAGAUGGAAUGAUAGAACGAAUGGAGCAUUCGAGGAGGAAAGAAGAAAUGUGCGCAAAUUUUGACGAAGAAAAAGAAGGGGUGGAAAAGGAUAAGGUUAAAUCUAAGCGUAAGGGAGAAAAAAAGAAAAAAAAAAAAAAUUAUGCCAAAGGGGAAGGGAACAGUGACUGCGUGAUUGCACGUAGGACACAAAAAGACGACAGACAUGUGGAGAAUGCGCAAAGUAAAUAUUACCAUUAUUAUCAUUUUAUAAAACUAUUUCAUAUUUUGAACGCAUGCACCUAUGUUGUGGAUGAUGAAAAGGUAUUGAUGAAUAAGGAGAUUGCGAUGGCAAUGCCAGAGAUGGAAAUGAUGACGAAACCUAGAAUGGAAACUACGGAUAGCAUAAGAUGUUACAAUGUUUUUCGAAAAAAAAUAAAUAUUAAAAAGGGGCAUGUAUUAAGCACAUCAACGUUCUGCCUUCUUUACAUUUUAAAUGUUAUAUCACUAGAUCAAGUAAAUAAUUUGCACAGGAAUAUUCUCACGUAUCCAAGUUGCUUCUUAUACAAGGAUUACAUAAAAUGUAAUAGAUCACUUUUAUUAAAAGCAUUUCAAAAAAUUUUGAAUUUUUUCAAUUUCGAAAAUAACAUGAACAAAGUCAGCUUCUCUAUGAAUAUUCCACUUAGUCCAACCUUCAAUUUCCUACAAAUUGAAGGAGCAGUUCUUCCCUCUCAUCACAAUGAAACUAUGCAGGAAGAGAAACAAAAUCGAUUUGAUGUGAAGGAGAAGGAAGAGGGUACAAGUAGGCAUAAUUUGUGCAACGUACAUAAUAUUGUUAAAGCAAAGGAUGAAAUACUAGUCCAAAAUUGCCGCAACUGCCAAAACUGUCAAAACUGCCAAAAUUGCCGCAACUGCCAAAACUGCCAAAACUACCAAAAUUGUCAAAAUUGUCAAAAAUGGGAAUAUAGAUUAAAAGAAAACAAAAUGAAAUACAUAUGCAUUAUAUCUCCUAAUAUAAAAAGUGAUAUACUAUUAUUUUCAAAUUUAAAAAAAAUAAUUGAAUGGAUUAAGUUGAUUAACAUGGUCAUAUUUCUAAACAUUUCUCAUGUAUAUAUAUGUGGAGACCUCUUCUUGCUCUUUUUGUUUUUCUUAUACGAUACGCAUAUUUUGAAGGCACGGAUUUGUAUGAAUAGGAGGGGCAUGUUUUACAUUGCUCUAGAAAGAAAUAAAAAGAUCAUCGGAAAGGGAAAAAGAGGUGCAUACAGUGGAAGUGGACAUAAAAACAGGAGGGAGAAACGUAAAAUUAGAGAAGACGAGGGAAGUGAAAACAGGGAAGGAGAAGGUUACCAAGGAAACACAGACGAGAUAGACAAUACUUACAACACAAACAAUGCAGAUGACGGUUCAAAUCUCCUCUUAACCAAGCAAUAUGUCAACCUGCAAAUCCUAGAUAUGCAAUAUUUUUCGGACGACCUGUUAUUGUUACUAAAAGUCAGCAUAUUCAACAUUUUUAAUCUGUGCAAAACGUACAAAGUAAACAUACAUUUCCCAUAUGAUAUAUACAUUAACCCUAAGCAGAGUGUUCAUCCGAACAUAGCUGCCCCUGUCUACUGUACCCUCCCGUAUAAGAACUACGAUUCAAUGAUAAAUACGGCAAAAAAAAAUUUUCUUAAUAAGUAUAAAAAUAAGAUCAAGAGCAUGCAUCUUUUACAUGUGCAACAGGGGGGUACUUCUCCUUAUGUGGGUUCCUACUGGGAGAGCAGUGGGCAAGCGAUUAGAGAAGCGAUAAUAAACACUGAGACAGACUUAAGAGUAAACGGAACGGAACAAAGCCGUGUUCACAGGGACGUCAACCCAGAGAAUCAUAACUGCAAGGGCAUGGUAGCCGCGCACAGGGUAGUGAUAAUUUCCCUAUGGGAUAUUGGAACACGUACGUUAAAUAAUAUUUUUAAAAAUAUAAAGAAGGAAAAUAAAAUAUUGUGGUUAUGUGGAUCUUUUGAAAAAAACAUAAAGAAGACAUAUAAAAGCAGUUUAAAAGUAUUUCAAUAUUUUUUAAAAGAAUACCAUGAACAUGUUAGAGGAACAGAGAAUAAUGAUACUAAUAGAACUAACACGAUAGUACCCAUAAACAAUUUAAUCAUUUUAAAUAAAGACAUAUAUUCAUUGUACUUUUAUCAUGUGCCAAAAAAUCUAUAUAUACCAUUUUUAUUUACAGAUUAUAAAAUACUGGUUGAUAUUGCUGAUAGGAAAUACUCAAAAAUAGAGGCCCUAUCAGCAUGCCUCACUUGA